CGCCACGCCCAUGACACCUUCUUAAGCUCCUCGUUCGAACUUCUUGUGCCUCGAUUCCACGCUUGAGCUUCUUCUUUUAUUCAAUGCACCAUGUCUCGCGCAGCCAAGCUAGCAGAGCUGCGAGCAUUGCGCGCUGCCGGCAAGACGCGUCUUUCCACCUACGAGGUCGCCGAAGAAGAGCAAUUGUACGACGAGGUCGACGAGGAAGGCUACAAGAAGGUUGUGCGGAGUCGUCUGGAGGAGGACGACUUCAUUGUCGACGACAACGGCGAGGGAUACGUCGACGACGGCAGAGAAGAGUGGGAUGGCGACCACAAUGGGUACCGCUAUGCUGCCACGGACAGCGAGGAAGAGGAGCGCCCAGCAAAGGGCAAACCUGCCAAGAGGAAGCGUGAGCAAGACGACGAGAAGCAGAGGAAGAUCGACAACGGCAUCAGCAAGUACUUCAGCGCGAAGACUGCUGCGACGGCACCAAAGCCAAAGCCGGUCGCUACCGCUGCAGAUAAAGACUUUAUGGACGACUUGCUCGGCGAGAUCAACACGAACCUCGCACGCCCUGCCCCCCGCAUGCGACCAGUCAAGUCCGAAGCACGCAGAAAGACCCGCGUCCUCUCCCCGCCGGUAUCUGAGAACCGCUCCAGCGCCGCGAAGAGACAGCGUAAUGGCUCUGACGCGUACAUGCCCGACACACCCCCGGCGGAGAACGCGUAUGACGACGAUCCGCUUCCCAUAGCUGCAGAUGACGACAUCCCCAUGAGCGAUCCUCUACUACAAUCAUCGCCAGUGGCGAAGGCCGUAGAGCGGAAGUCACAGCCUGUCGUUAAGGUCGAGGAGGAAGAGGACGACCUUAUGGAGGUGGCCCAGCCGAUCGGACAUGCUAGCAUCGCUUCAGCGAGCGUCAACAUGGCUGGAAAGCGACCGGUGUCUAAGAUCAAGAAGACGGACUAUCCAACACCAGCGAGCUCUUCUCCGUCAGGCCCUUCGACGGCUGCUGCGGUCGAUGCGUCCUCCUGGAACGAGGUGACGAGCAAGCUCAACGUCAUGAGCAGCCCUGCCCCGGCCAUCACCACCAGCGUCGGCAAGCUGAAGCCCGAAGCUGCUCUAGAAGAGGACGGCAGCAUACGUAUGUUCUGGUUUGACUAUGCUGAAAUCAACGGCAGUCUAUGUCUUUUCGGCAAGGUUAAAGACAAGAACACGGGCAACUACGCAAGUUGCUUCGUCAAGGUCGACAACAUCCUCCGCAAACUUUACUUUCUUCCACGGGAACACCGCCAGAGGAAGGGACAUCAGACGGAUGAGGAGGUCGAGAUGAGCGAUGUGUAUGAGGAGGUCGAUUCCAUCAUGACCAAGCACCGCGUUACCAUGCACAAGAUCAAGCCCUGCACGAGGAAGUAUGCGUUCGAGAUGCCGGACAUACCAAAAGAAGCCGACUACCUUAAGCUUCUUUACGGAUACGACAAGAUGCCCCUUUCUGCCGAUUUGACCGGAGAGACGUUUUCGCACGUCUUCGGCACCAACACCUCGCUUUUCGAACAGUUUGUGCUGUGGAAGAACGUCAUGGGCCCUUGCUGGCUCAAGAUCGAAGGAGCGGAUUUCAACAAGGUCACCAAUGCAUCCUGGUGCAAGUUGGAACUUCAAGUCGAGAGACCGAAUAACGUCACUGUGCUCGGAAACUCAGACAACUUGGAUGCCCCACCUCUUACGCUCAUGAGCAUCUCUCUGCGUACUACAUUCAACGCCAAGGAUAACAAGCAAGAAAUUCUCGUAGCGAGUGCUAUGGUAUACGACAACUUCUCCCUGACCGACACCACUCCGGCGGACGAGCUCCCUUGUAAGAGUUUCACCAUCAUGCGGCCAAACGGCGAUGCUUAUCCGACUGGAUUCAAGAUCGACGCCGAGAAGCAGAAGGGUAGCAUCACACUCAAGAAGACCGAGCAGGACCUGCUCAGCUUGUUCAUGGCUAUGUUCCAGCGCCACGACCCCGACGUACUCGUCGGACAUCGCCUAGACGAUGUCGACUACAGUGUCCUGCUCAACCGCAUGCGCGAGAAGAAGACCCCCGGCUGGCAUCGCAUUGGACGUCUCAGACGAAGUGAGUGGCCAAAGAACAUGGGCAAAGGUGGAGGCAGCUUCUUCGCCGAAAGGCAGUUGGCUGCUGGACGCUUGCUGUGCGAUUUGGCCAACGACCUCGGAAAGUCGCUCAUGACCAAGUGCCAGUCUUGGAGUCUGGAGGAGAUGGCCCAGCUUGUCCUGAACAAGCAUCGACAGGAGCUCGACAAUGAGCAAGCUCUGAAGACCUGGGCGAAGACCAAGGACGGCCUGAUGAACUACGUGAAGCAUUGUCAAGCUGAUGCGUACUUCAUCGCCGCCAUCUCCAUCAAGGUCCAGAUGCUCCCUCUCACGAAGGUUCUGACCAACCUUGCCGGUAACUCCUGGGCUCGUACUCUGAGUGGUACCCGCGCUGAGCGGAACGAGUACAUUCUGCUCCACGAGUUCCACAAGAACAAGUACAUUUGCCCGGACAAGCAGUGGGGCAAAGGUAAGGCAAAGGUCGAGGAAGAGGUCCCCGAAGGCGAAGAAGGUGAGGCGAAGAAAAAGGAUAAGUACAAGGGCGGUCUCGUCUUCGAACCUGAAAAGGGCUUGUAUGACAAGUUCAUCCUAGUCAUGGACUUCAACUCGUUGUAUCCCAGCAUUAUCCAGGAGUUCAACAUUUGCUUUACGACUGUUGAACGAUCGGAUAUCUCCGAGGAAGAGGAAAAGGUCCCAGAGGUCCCAGACGCAUCACAAGAGCAGGGCAUCCUUCCUCGUCUUAUCGCUACCCUUGUCUCGCGCCGGCGAGAGGUCAAGAAGCUCAUGAAGGACCCCACCGCAACUCCUGAUCAGCUAGCCACCUGGGACAUCAAGCAGCUCGCCCUGAAGCUCACCGCCAACUCUAUGUACGGCUGUCUCGGAUACACCAAGUCCCGCUUCUACGCCCGACCCCUCGCCAUGCUCACGACUUACAAGGGCCGUGAGAUUCUUCGUCGAACCAAGGACAUGGCCGAAGAGAAGAUGCUGCGUGUCAUUUACGGCGACACUGACUCGGUCAUGAUCAAUACGAAUGUCGACAAUAUCCAAGACGCGCUGAAGCUCGGUAACGAGUUCAAGAAAGAUGUAAACGACAGCUACAGGCUGCUGGAGAUCGACAUCGACAACGUGUUCCGCCGCAUCUUGCUCCACGCAAAGAAGAAGUACGCCGCCAUCAACAUGGUCCCAGUCGACGGAAAGUACAUCGAGAAGCUCGAAGUCAAGGGCCUCGACAUGCGCCGCAGAGAAUACUGCGCCCUCUCCAAAGAAACAUCCACCGAACUCCUCAACUUCCUCCUCAGCGGCGAGGACGCCGAAACCGUGGUGCAAAAAAUCCACGAUCAUCUCCGCUCCCUCGCCACCUCCAUGCGCGCCUUCUCCAUCCCCACCCGCAAAUACACCAUCUACACGCAGCUCGGCAAGAACCCCAAGGACUACCCGAACGGCAACUCGAUGCCCAGCGUCCAGGUUGCGCUCCGCCUCAUGGCAAAGGGGAAGCACGUCAAGGCCAAGGACGUCAUGAGCUUCAUCAUCACGGGCGAGAGCUCUGGGAGCGCCGAAAGCGCAGCCAAGAACGCCUACCCGGUCGACGAGGUGCUGAAACAGGACAGCGAACUAAAGCCCGACAUCGACUACUACCUGCACAAGCAGAUCCUGCCGCCCGUCGAGCGUCUCUGCGCCCCCAUCAGCGGCACUAACAUCACCCUGCUCGCCGCCUGCCUCGGCCUCGACACGUCAAAAUACCGCGUCAGCUCCGUCUCGGGCGCCGGCGCCGCCACGCAGGACGUCGAGAUCACGCCCCUCGAGUCCCAGAUCCCAGACGCCGUGCGCUUCCAGGCCUGCACCCCGCUCUGGCUGCGCUGCCGCGCCUGCCACGCCGCCUUCGCCUUCCACGGCCUCUCCUCCUCUGCGUCGCACAUAUCGCACAACGGCAUCCAGUGCCCGAACCCCGCAUGCGCAGCCAUCCUGCCUACCCUCUCCGUCGUCGCGCAGCUCGAGUCCGCUAUCCGCCAAACACUCAGCACAUACUACGCCGGCGCCCUGACGUGCUCCGAGCCCGGCUGCGCGUACCACAGCUCGAGCACCCCCGCGCGCAGCAUCAGCGUGUACGGCACGCGCUGCCUCGGCCCCAAGGGCCUGGCGAAAGACUGUCUCGGCAAGAUGAGCUGGGUGUGCGGCGAGAAGGACGUGUGGAACCAGCUGCUGUAUUUUGCGGCGCUGUUUGAUGUCGAUAGGGCGGUGGGAGGGGUGGGUGGGUCGGCUGGGAUAGAGGGGAUGAAGAUGGAGGCAGAGAAGAAAGAGAAGAUUAAGGUGCUGGCGGAGCUUAAUCGCGAGCGGUUUGGUACGUGGAGGGGCGUUGUGGAGCGCUGGCUCGAGCGGAAUGGGCGGCAGUGGGUGCAGAUGGAUAGUUUGUUUUCUUUUGCUGCUGGCAAGCAGUAAGUUUUGGAUACCAGGGGAAAGGGCGUUGUGGCAUUUCAUCCCAUCUCAUCGGUGUACCGGUACGCGGCGGGAGGCUUUCUGGAUAGCUUUCGCCUGCCUUUUCACAUCACGAGCUGUUGUUGGCUUAGCCAGUAAUGCAAUCCAC